UUGCCGAAGACUUUUCAAGAUACCAUCAAUAUUUGCGAAUGGCUCGGAGCUUCGUAUUUUUGGGUUGAUUCCUCAUCUAUUAUCCAGGAUAGCAAAGAAGAUCAGACAAUUCCAUCUGCUUUAAUGACUCAGAUAUACGGGAACUGUAACCUGACUAUCGCUGCUACUUCGGCAACCAACGGAAGUGUUGGAUGUUUCUGUGAUAGAUUAAAUGCACAAGUCUUGUCAAUAUCAGAAGCGAGAAUACGCACUUAA